AAGAGAUAAUGACAUAAGCUUUGUAAUUGAUGAGAAUUCUAAAUGGAUUGACCAAAUUUGUAUGGUAGCUCCAAAUUACUUGGAAAUUCCAGCCCCUAUUAUCUUUGCAACAGAAUCUUUUUCACUCCACAAAAAGCCCAAUCAGAGUGCACAACCAUCAUUAGCAAUUAUGAAACUGUUUGAGUCUGUGAAUGUGCAAUUUAAGACGUGUGGCAAUGAAUGCCAAGGACUUCAAGAGUGCUCUUGUUUGAAGAAUGAUCAUGCAAAUUUCAUGAACAUUUUCCGAGAUCAGUGGCGGGCUGCACCUCAGAACAAACUCGUCAGGUAUGGAAGUGCAACAGCACAGUCAUACACCCAUGCAUUUGCACAUUACAUCAGCGCCAACAACAGCACACCAACGUAUCCAGUGAACAUCAUACGGUGCCUUGAAGUCGUCCAGCUCAUGAAGCCGACUCUAGCAGCUACAGAAAGAGUGAUGUCACACGUGGAGAUUGCUGUUAGAAAUAGAUUUGAAUCCCCGGGCUACAUGAAUGAAACAAAAUCUGAUGAAGAAACUGGCAUUGAUACUGUCCACAUUGAAGCUUUUCUCAGAUGUAAUACAAACAUGGUACAGCAUGAUGCUGAUCUGGCAGAAGAGAUUUUUUCAAACCGAAAUGAACAAUCUCUCAAGGAAACCAAAAAAUUCAACUCAAAAAGUUUAACUCACGGCUUGGAACGACUUGAUGGCAACCACAGGAAGAACAUCUUUCAAAAGAAAUGCAAUUUAAAAGAACCAAAAAAGUACAAGAAAAUUAAAACUGAUUGUCUGUUAAAAUUCCCAGAGCUUGAAGAAGUUCCUGACUCAUGUGGUUCAUUCUCAGCUUCAUCGGAGUCCAGACACUACCCUGCAGGGGAUCCGACACCUAUUGUACAACCUGCAGAUAAUGCAGGCCAGCUAUCAGACAUUACUGACUCAAGAGGUGUGGAUGCAUGUGAGGAACCACUUGAAAACCAGUUGUGCCCAAUGGAGAAUGUCAACACAAAUCUCGGAAAUGAAAAUUCACAAGCUACUAAGACAAUGGAAAUUUACUGUAUUUGUGAAAUAAGUAAAGAAGAAAAUCCAACAAAAAAGAAGCCUUGUAAAUGGAUUAGAUGUUGUGGUGGUAAGAAAUGUGAAUCUUACAUUGAAAGAAUGGCUACAAGAAAUGUUGCAGGAGGUAACUGGUUCCACUUGGAGUGUUUGCAGAUGAACAAAAUGCCAAAUGGUCCCUGGUCCUGUAAGAAGUGCAACGAUAAGAAAACUGCCAACUUGAGACAAGACUCGACCAAUUAUAAUACUCAAGAAUGCAGCAUUGUCCUGCAGCGAUGCCCUAAAGAUCCUGAUAGGAGUGUCUGGUGUGCUGAGCAGAGCUUCCCUCAAGUGUCUGCUGCUGAAGUGAAGUCUGAAGCUUCUGAAGCUGCUGCGCCAUCUCUUGUUCUUGAAGCUGCCGCUGACAACACCAACGACGAGUGCGAGGACGGAACUAUGGACGUGGAUGUCAAGGAGGAACCCUUCACCUAUGAUGAGGCACGGGAGCCCCCCAGCCCCGGGUUUGGGGGCCUGCUGGUUGCUCCCCCGUUGUGUGUGCCAUGCAAGAGGGAAGCUCCAAUGGAGGCUCCUGAUGGCCACGACGUCCCUCUGUGUUAUUUGCUCGUCACUGAUGGAGCUGAGGGACAGGCGGCAGAUCGAGGCGUAAACGUCGUUUACGUCGGAGGCGGCAGCGGCGUAAACGUCGUUUACGUCGGAGGCGGCAGAGGCGUAAACGUCGUUUACGUCGGAGGCGGCAGAGGCGUAAACGUCGUUUGCGUCGGAGGCGGCAGAGGCGUAAACAAUCCCGUCAUUCCCAUGACGGAUUUGAGCGCAUUUGGUUAUUGGUUAAUGCCUGCGUGA